CUCGACUGGACGGAACCAAACCCAGCCUGUCGGACGCUGAGGGGACAAGGACAACAAACGCAGCUACACCGAAAUAAACACAUAAAAAACAACAACAACCAAAUUACGGUCAUGAUGGGGAGGUUUUAUGAGGUGGGGCUUUUGUCUCUUCUUAUUUUGUCUCUCCUGAACACUGAAUCAACAUUGGCUAGAAAAGGUAGCAGCAGUAGCGGCAAGAAAACCUCAUCAACAAAGUUGGGUGGGACAAAGACAUCAAGCAGUCAGCCAGGAAACUACCCUCGACAGCCACAGAAUCCCAAUCACAACCCUAACCCGUACCCUCCUGGAGGAAGUUACCCAGGAACUGGCAACACUAAUCCGGGUGGAUAUCCCAGGCAAAAUCCAAGUCAUCCAGGGGCUGGAGGCUACCCACACCAGAAUCCUGGAGGCUACCCACACCAGAAUCCUGGAGGCUACCCACACCAGAAUCCUGGAGGCUACCCACACCAGAAUCCUGGAGGCUACCCUGCGGGUGGAUAUCCUGCAGGUGGUUAUCCUGCAGGUGGAGGAUAUCCUCAACAAAACCCUGGGAGAGGUAAUUAUCCUAAUCAGUACCCUCCUGCUGGAGGCUACCCAGCAGGAGGGAACAACCCCAACCAAUAUCCAGGCAGAGGAGGAUAUCCUAACCAGUACCCUGCUGGAGGAAGUUAUCCAAACACUGGAAGAAAUUAUCCCAAUCAGUAUCCAGCGGGUGGAGGCUUUCCAGCAGCAGGUGGCUAUCCUAACCAAUACCCAGGCAGAGGAGGUGGUUCUCCGUACCAGUACCCAGGAGGAGGUGGUUACCCAAUCAGGACUGGAAGUACAGGACAGGGUUGGGGAGCACCUGGUGCAGGAGGUUACCCCUACGGUGGAGGAGUUGGCGGCUCCCCUAACUGGAACCCGAAUAAUAAGAUCCUCAGUCCCAGGUUUGGUGGAGGAGGUUAUGGAUAUGGGGGCUAUGGUAGCAUGGGCGGGUCCCCUUUCUCUCGUUCUGUGCAGAGCAUGGGAUAUCAGCCCAAGUCGACAGGGUUUGCUAAAAAAGCCAUGCUGGCAGCAGGUGUUGGAGCUGUGGCUGGAAUGGCCGUUGGGUACGGGCUGGGGCGCUUCCCUCGCCCACAUUUCAGCUUCAACAGCCCACAAGAAGAAUACUACUACAACAACUACAUGUACAAUCGCUAUGGCACCAAGUCAACGGAUCAAAAAGAUUACGGGCGGGAUUACGUCUACAAGCCUCCUCCACGUGCCGAGUCCUACGAGGACUUCAUGAAGCGCUGCAUGAAUAGGACUGACCUUAAAGAGCAGGGCAGCAGCUCCUCCACCACUAAAGCAGGCACUGAUGAGGAGGAUAAUGACACGGUCAGCAUUGAGGAAAUUGGGUACCCAACCCUAAUUGACCAAGUGAAGUCGCGACGCUGCGUGGAGAUGUACAUGGCCUACUCUGAGCAGUUCAUGCAGGAAAAAAAGUUUGAGCCACAUGUUCAGCAGUCGCCCAAUAGCAGUCCUACGAGCUUCGGUGUGGUUCAUCUUUUCACUUCCUGCUUUGUGCUUCUGUCCAGCAUGCUCCUCCUGCAGUGAGGAAGAAGAGAAGCACACCUUUUGCGUACAUCCUAAAUGGAUUUCCCCUGCCUCUCGUUAUA